AUGAACCCAAUUAUCCCUGGCUUCGCGCCGGACCCUUCCAUUGUCCUCGUCGAUGAUACAUACUACCUUGUGAAUUCCAGCUUCCACAUAUUUCCAGGCCUGCCCAUCUAUGCAUCAAAAGACCUGGUGUCAUGGCGACACAUAACGAACGCAUUCAAUCGCCGCGAACAGCUCAGUCUCAAGGCCUCCGAGACAAAACACAGUCCACCAGGCGAAUGGGGAGAGGUCAUGUCAGCCACAGGCGGCCUUUAUGCGCCAACCAUACGCUAUCGUGGCGGGACAUUUUAUGUCAUUUGCACAAACAUUAUUCGAGGCGAGGGUGACAACGAGGGCGAGAGCAAACAGAACUUCAUUAUAACGACAACUGACAUUUACUCUCAUACGUGGAGUGACCCUGUCUUCUUCGACUUUGAUGGUAUCGACACCAGUCUCGUUUGGGAUGAUGAAGGAAAGGCAUAUCUACACGGCUCUGCAGCCCCCGGUCCAAUGACAACAAUCAAGAUGUUUGAGAUCGAUGUCAAGACUGGUUCAAAACUCAGUGGUGAGGAACUCAUCUGGAGAGGCACUGGUGGCAUCUGGCCUGAAGGACCUCACAUCUAUCGAAAAGAUGAUUGGUGGUACUUGGUCAUUUCCGAGGGCGGCACCUUUGAAGACCAUAUGAUCACUGUUGCUCGGAGCAAGAACCUGUACGGCCCAUACGAACCAAACCCCCACAACCCCAUAUUGACCGCAUGUGGAACACACGAAUACAUCCAGCACACCGGACAUUGCGAUAUAUUCUGCGAUAAGCAAGGCCAGUGGUGGUGUGUCUGUCUCGGAGUACGCAAGGACCCAAAAAAGAGGUAUAUUAUGGGACGUGAAACGUUUAUCACACCGGGUACGUGGCCCGAGGGUGACUGGCCAACGCUGCAACCUGUGAAGAUGGCUCCUGAGGCUGCCUACGGAAGGAAAGUCGGCAAGCCAAGUGCUCUGAGCUCCGAGCCACUCGUGGACUUCUGCUACAUCCGCGACGUUAAUCUCCGCAAGCACAAGAUUUCCCCGGACGGAAGGACGAUCGAGCUGAUAUCUAGCAGGGCUGAUCUCUCGGACGCGCGAGGUCAAGUAUCGUUCGUCGGAAAACGACAGAGGGUGCUUGAUGGUCGAUCGUACGUCGUCCUCCUGGCGCCGCCUCGCGGUGUAACCGGCAAAACCGGCCUCGCCAUAUACAAAGACGAGUUUCGGUAUGCUCGGAUCUACCACGACUCGCCGACUAGCGAAAUGGUCCUUGAAGUCGUAAACGGACCAAAAGAGAUUCGUCGACUCACUCGAAAGGAAUGUCCCGCAGGUAAAGCUAACGAGCUGCAACUGGAGUACAGAGAAGACUCGUACAGAUUCUCCUUCAGCACAGUCGGAGGAAGCACCGAAUUCGAUCCGUUUGACAUGAUGGAUCUGGUGGGCCCGGAUUUCACUGGACCAGUGAUCGGGGUCUUUCUGACAUCCUUGGAGGAUGGGACGAGCGUCAUCUUCAAGGAUCUAAGAGUAGAGUGA